UUAGUUGUACAGUAGACGCGAAUUAAGGCACAAGCGUUAAUUUGAGACAAUACAAGUUACUUUUACUGACAACGUUUUUCACUAUAUUUUAUCUUUUAUUUCGCUCACAUUCAGUAAUGGAAAACUUGUGGAAAAAAGAGUCCAAUGGUAAAAGUUCCAUUUAUAUGGACAUUUUUAAGAAUAUCGAAACUGCAGAGGUAUCAAAUGCCAAUGGUUUGCCAAAAAAUGACGUGAUAUCAACACAUCUACGAAAAAAGGGUGAUGGAAAAUUUGGCGACAAUUUAUGGAUCGAUGCAAUGGAAUAUUACAACCAAAGUCUACGUUUUGCUGUCGACAGUGAAAAUGUAAGUUUGGCGUAUGCAAACCGUGCCGCGUGCUUUCCACACUUGAAGAUGAUUGAUAAAUGUCUUGUCGACAUUGAAAUGUCAAAGCGAGAAAAUUGCCCAAAAGAUUUGAUGGAAAAAUUGAAAAAAUGUAAAGACGAUUGUCACAAAGUGAUGAAACGUGAACAACAGGAGAAGACAAUUGAAGGAAAAUUAAGCUACGAUUGCGAUGUAAACAUUCCAUGUUUGGCCGAUGUAGUGAAGAUACAGUACAAUGAGAAAUUUGGACGGCAUGUAGUGGCCAAGUGUGAUAUUCCAGCUGGUAAGGUGAUUUUGGCUGAAAAAUCAUUUUUGUCAACGACUUUAUCGGGUCCGAUCACCGCUUGUACAUCAUGCCAAAAGACACGAAUGAAUUUUAUUGCCUGUGAAAACUGCACCAUUGCCAUGUUUUGUGAUGAAAAGUGCAAAAAAGCGAGUGUUUUGCACAAGUACGAUUGCAAUAUCAUUUAUGAUCGUGAACCACAUUAUAACGGCCCAUUACAAAUGAUGGCUCGUUCAAUAUACUUCGGAAUGGAAGCAUUUGAAAAUAUGCAUGAGAUGAUAAAGUUCGUUGAAGCGACAGAAAAAAUCAAAUCAAAUUAUGUGCCCGAAUCAGUCGUUGAUAUGCAAUCAAAAUAUCGUCUAUUUUUGACAUUGGCCACAUAUUCUAAGGAAUAUAAAAAGGAAACAUUGAUCUUGGCAAAACGUCUUUUUAUGAUUUUAAUCAAACUACCAACAGUGAAAAAGGCAUUUGACACAAUGGAAAAACAACGAUUUCUCAUGCAUCUUGCCACAAAACACGUAAUCAUAAAGAUUCUAAAUGCCAUCAAUGCCACACAAAAUCAAUGUCAACGCGUCGCAACACUUGGACUGAUUUUUCCAUUGUUUAAUCACGCAUGUGCACCGAAUCUAUUGAAUUUUUCACGUGGCGAUCAACAAAUCUGUAUGACAUUGCGACCAGUGCAGGCGGGCCAACAGCUGUUUGUGUCUUAUUCCACUGCCGAUGUUUCAACUAGACAACGUCAGUUGCAUUUAUUGACACACUUUGGAUUCCUUUGCGCAUGUGAAAAGUGUGACCCAAAACACACCACAGCUGAUGUCACCAAAUUACUAUCGGACCCAGGCUAUGCAUUUCUCCAACGAAAUCGCAAAAGCGAUCUAUUGAAUGACCAAAAUAGAUGGACAAUGAAGAAGAAAUGCAUCGAUUUAUUGAAUAAGCAUGGACAUUCGUGGUAUUCGGAGCUCGAAUUCGUAUUGGAUAUGUACAUUAAAUGUGAAAUGUACGAGUAUUAAUUGCCAAUACUCAUUAAAUUCAAAAGUAUCAAACAAAAAUUAUCAAAAUAAAAAUAAAAUCAUAUUGUGAAUGUAA